AAACGUCAGCGCGUCACGUGACGAGCUGGCCUCCGUCUGACUGUUGCUAACAGUUCGAGUCGGACGCGAGGAGCAACGGCUCUCUUUUCGGCAGUAAUCCGCGUCGUCGCCCUCCCGUCCCGGUCUCACCCGCGCAAACAUGUCGGCGGUGCAGCGAAUGAAGGUGGCGAACGAGCGGCACAGCAAGACCAUCACGCAGCGGGGACACGUCCAGAAAACCUCGCGGCCAGUCAACGAGGAUAAGUCUCCGGUGGGUCCGUGGCUUCUGGCGCUUUUUGUGUUCGUGGUUUGUGGAUCAGCCAUCUUCCAGAUCAUCCAAAGUAUCAGACAAGGCAUGUGAUGAGCUGUUCCCCGGCCCAUGUUGACAAUACACACUGUUCUCGUUUAGUCAUUGUUUAGUUUGUUUUCAUUGUGGAUCAGAUAUUGAUGAUUGCUAUUGUUUUUAUACACAUACACACAAAGCAUGUGAACUACAUGUCUCACGAUGCUUUGUUUUGUUGAGGUUCCAAGCGUGUCUGAAUUAAAGGCGAUAUUUUCUCUA